CGUUGGCAUUGCAUUAUGGGAGACAGAUGAUUGACACGGGCGCCAUUUUGCUCCUGCUCUCUGCUUCCAUUGUGUGAGAGAUAGUAAAUAUCUGACACUGCCAGACAACCACAACACACUUGUAUCUUCGCGAAGAAAAAGCGUCAAAUUCACCCUCGGUGAUACUCUGUCGUAAUGGCUCGUACCAAGCAGACUGCUCGUAAGUCCACUGGAGGAAAGGCUCCUCGUAAGCAGCUGGCCACCAAGGCUGCCCGUAAGAGUGCCCCCUCCACCGGUGGUGUCAAGAAGCCGCAUCGUUACAGGCCCGGUACUGUGGCUCUGAGAGAGAUCCGUCGGUACCAGAAAUCCACUGAGCUGCUGAUCCGUAAGCUGCCCUUCCAGCGCCUGGUGAGGGAGAUCGCUCAGGACUUCAAGACUGACCUGCGUUUCCAGAGCGCUGCCAUUGGAGCCCUGCAGGAGGCCAGCGAGGCGUACCUGGUGGGUCUGUUCGAGGACACUAACCUGUGUGCCAUCCAUGCCAAGCGUGUCACCAUCAUGCCCAAAGACAUCCAGCUGGCACGUCGCAUUCGUGGAGAGCGCGCUUAGACGGCCUCUCUGAUGUUUCAGCUGCGUCCUGUUUUUCUUUACCCGUCCCUGUCUUCGCUCCUUCGUCUUACCCCCGCCACCCAUCCCCACCCAUCCCCAUCGCCCUCCGCCCCCAGCCUGCCCACCUUCUCAGUAGACUUUAGAGUAAUCCUGAUUAUGAAGAGAUAGAAAUAUGUUGAAGUCUGGUCUCUCAUAGGUUUUUUUUUGUCUUCACCAAAUGUUUUUAGGGUACCUUUUUUGUGCAUGUAAAAUGUUUGGCAGAUCAAACGCGCAUGUGCACACAUACUCAAACGUGCAUCGUCGUGUUUGGGUGGUGCUUCGGAACGUGAAGCCCACCCGUGAGCUCGCCUGGAUUCUUACAGGGUAGGAGGUCAGUGGGUGCAGUUUGUGUGGCGAACAGAGUCGAAGCAGAGGGGCAUGGCCAAGGGACUAGUCUGCUUAAGGGGAGCUGCAACUUCCACAGCAGGGUGCUAUUAAAACUAGUCCUGAGGCCUCUGCCCCCUCUGGACACCCUUCCUCUCCCGCCCAGUCCCUCGGCACCCCAACUCUGUUGUUGCUCUGUAGGUGCAGCCACAUGGCUCGCCUUACAUUUUCAGUCCUCCUUCCCCUGCGUUACCUGCUCUGGGAGGGGACGGACUGCUGCUCUGUUUGUGUGGACCUGUGAGCUCUGAUCUGCCAAACCAGUUGUACUCAACAAACAAGAAUCUCUUGGUUGCUUAAAAAUAUUGAUUAUUGUUGUGGAAAUGGUGUCUAUUUUUUUUACACAUAUAAUUCAUGGAGGAGCAUCUCUUCCUUUACCACUUCAAAAUUAUCAAAGGAGAAAAAAGCAAUUGAUAUUGUCAACAUAAUUAUCAGUCUUUUCUUUAUACAGUGAUGUGAUUUGUUAUAGAAAAUCAGGAAGGGCUUCUCUGUUUUCCAAGGAAACAUCAUUCUAAUGGCAGCCACGCAGCGUGGUGCCUCACCAUCUCCUCUAUUCAAUUGUUCACUGUAGAUCAGUCAACUUUAUGCUUCUGUCUUUAUUGCCACAGAUAGCCAUUAGACCUGUCACAACACUUUGAAUUGACGUUAUAGUGAAAGUUACACUCUGCAUGUUUAGGGUCUGUGUGUCUUCUGCAGUCUCUGUAGAUCUGAGCAUAUAAUCUGUCCCUUUCUCAAAAUUUGUGAUACACAAUAUAACCUCAUAUUUGUUUUCUUUUAUAUUUUUCUUAUUCCUCGAGAUUUUCAGACAUAUAAAUAAGCUGAUCUUUGUAUUUUCCAAAUUUCUCAUAUUAUGGUGGUAAUAAAUAGGUGUUAAAACAAA